AUGGCUCCUAGUCGUCCAAGCACUCCGCCCCCUUCGAGGUCUUCUACGAAGUUCAAGCACCCUCCACUCGGCCCUGCUCCGUCAACACCUGGUCCCCGCCAGAAUGCUUUCGACGUAACCGCCAAUAUCAUGAUGGGUUCCGAGCAUGCCAUUGUCCCUCCUUCUCCCGGGGUCCCUCUUCCUAGCUUCGAGGCGCUCAGUGUGAGUGCCGCACCUUGGCGAGAUAUGCCAUCCCGUAGGAACAAGAGCAAGGGCAAUGCGCGUACUGGCGCUGGCGUCAAGAAGCAGGCCAGAAAGAAAUACGACGACAAGACGGCGAAGCUUAUGGAUGCUGCUCUCAAUGAGAAGACCGGUGUCGGUGCUCUAGCUUUGCAGAAGCCUUUCCGAUUCAUGGAUCUACCAGAAAUCCGGAACGAGGUAUACAUGCACACCCACGGUCGCCCUAAACAGGCUCUCCUAGUAUACAGGCCACGCAUCGCGUCUCUCCGUCCACGAACCCGUCUAGAUCGCGGGCGUACUCUUGCGUCCGACCUCGCUGGUCAAGAACAAGAUGAAGAGAUCCUGAGCGCCAGCAACAAGUCCGGCCGCUCAGCCAAGUCCAAGGUCAAGACAGAGCUCCGCGAGACCAAUCGCCCCUUUUGGGGUCUCACUCAAGUUUGCCGGCAGAUGAGGAUCGAGUAUCGCCCAAUCUACAUGGCCAAGCAAGAGAUUGGCAUGGACCUCACUGAGAUAGUGGACUAUCUGCAGACGUUCUAUCCCACCGCUAACGAUGUCGUAUCCCAGCUCGCACCCCCAGGAGAGCGCCAGAACGACGCGCCCUUUGUCGGAAACCUUACGAUUGCUGUAGGCGACAAAGCCAACGAUCUUGAGCGUGCUUCAGACGGCAUCGAAGUCUUUCCGCUUCUUGACAUCUGGUCCAACAGCCUCAAGAUAGAAGCUGGGUUUGGACGCUAUCUUAAGGCCAACUACAUUCCGGAGACUGAUGGUGAAGCCAAGGAUCUCUAUCGUCUCUUUGGCCGCCGCGUGCUCAAGAACCGCUCUUGCUCAAGCAUGAACAACCUUUGGCGAUCAAUUCUUCGCAGCAGGUCUCUCGUUUCAGUCCGCAUCCACCGCAAGCCAGCCCCUCGUAUUGCUGCCUCAGCCCCAGCUGCAACCUUUGCUGGAGUUCAGCCUCCUAUUCAUGCUGCGACUAAGCCCUUCAUUCACAUCGUCUUCAAGACAGACACCGCGGAGCCAUGGAUGACUGAAUUUGAGUCUGUCGUCCCGAAGACACCUACCAAUUGGCUAGCGGAGCGCGGCUUUGGUAGCAUGGAGUACUUCGAGGUCAAGGUCGGCGUUGAGAAGAAUGCCUCCAACUAG